UAGUCAAAAUUAAACCAAUUUUUCACCAAUUUAAACUUUUUGAGAAGGGUUUUUCUACUCUGCAGUUUAUUCCUAUUUAGUAGCAGGAGCGAGUCUCAAAAGAGCCUUGCUACAGGCCUGUCCGUCUCUUUACGCAACAAUCAGGCGGCGUAAAGAUGUUAAGAAAAUUUCUGCUCCAAGCUUCCACUCGCCGUAAUUUUUCAGCUUCUUCCUCAUCAUCAGUCGCAUUCUUUCGACAAUGUUCCUCGUCCUCUUCUUCCUCCUCUCAAAUUCCAAACAGUCAUUUCGUCGAACACAUGGAGGACACCAAUGAAACCCCACCUUCUGCUACAAUUUCUAUCGACCGAACUGCCUUGUAUAAUCCUCCUGAGCAAUCACAUGAACAGUCUGCUGAAUCUGAGCUUGUUAAGCACCUAAAGAAUAUCAUCAAGUUUAGAGGGGGGCCAGUUACUGUGGCUGAGUAUAUGGAGGAAGUCUUGACGAAUCCAAAGCUGGGGUAUUAUAUAAAUCGAGAUGUGUUUGGAGCAGAUGGUGAUUUCAUUACCUCCCCAGAAGUGAGCCAAAUGUUUGGAGAGAUGAUUGGUGUUUGGGCAAUGUGCCUCUGGGAGCAAAUGGGAAGGCCAAGUAAAGUGAACUUAGUUGAGCUUGGACCAGGGAGAGGAACUCUCUUGGCUGAUUUUCUACGUGGUGUGUCAAAGUUCAAAAAUUUCACAGAUUCUCUGCACAUUCAUAUGGUUGAAUGUAGCCCAACAUUACAAAAACUCCAGUAUCGGAACUUGAAGUGUGUGACUGAGGAUAGUGCUGAUGGAAAUGAGAAAAAAGGGAUUAACAGCACAAUAACUGGGUCCCCUGUAUCCUGGCAUGCAUCUCUCGAGCAGGUUCCUACAGGAUUGCCUACAAUCAUCGUUGCCCAUGAAUUCUUUGAUGCUUUACCCCUGCACCAGUUUCAGAAAGCUUCCCGUGGUUGGUGUGAGAAGAUGGUUGAUGUUACUGAAAAUUCGUCGUUUCGUUUUGUUUUAUCUCCACAGCCCACACCUGCAACUCUCUAUCUCAUGAAGCGCUGCAAAUGGGCUGACUCAGAAGAAAUUUUCAAGCUUGAUCAUAUCGAGGUUUGCCCAAAAGCAAUGGAUUUGACCCAAGAAAUCUCCAAAAGAAUAGGAAUCGAUGGUGGUGGUGCUCUCAUAAUUGAUUAUGGCCUCAAUGGAGUAGUCUCAAACAGUCUACAGGCAAUUCGAAAACACAAGUUUGUUGACAUAUUGGAUAAUCCUGGCUCAGCCGAUCUCAGUGCAUAUGUUGAUUUUGCUGCAAUUAGACACUCUGCGGAGGAAGUUUCAGGUGUGUCUGUCCAUGGCCCGAUGACCCAGUCUCAGUUUCUUGGUUCUCUUGGAAUUAAUUUUCGGGUGGAAGCACUGUUGGAAAACUGCACAGAAGAACAGGCUGAAUCUAUAAGAACAGGAUAUUGGCGUUUGGUUGGUGAAGGUGAAGCACCAUUUUGGGAGGGUCCUGACAAUCAGACUCCUAUUGGCAUGGGCACUCGGUAUAUGGCAAUGGCAAUUGUCAUGUGCUUAUUAUGCAGUGUCGUUUUCCCAUGUCAUGUGCUUAUUAUUAAUGAAAUGUUGAUAUCAAUAUGCGAAGAAGAAAAUGUUAAAAACAUAAUCGUUAGAAUAAAAAAUAAAAAAUAAAAAUGAAAAACUUGGUGCAAUUAAAAUGUGGUGCAUAACAUCUGGUUUGAAUAUAGUACCCUUUCCAAAAAUGGCCAUUUUCCGAAAUGUACAUGUGAAAGAUGACAUUUUUAUCAAAUUUCCUCUAAUUUUUUACUUUUUUGUUUCAUGGACUACAAGAUAGUAAAAUCUAGGGACUUUUAUUAUACUUGAUAGCUCUGGGAUUGAUCAAGAGCAUUCAAUCAGGCUGUUGAAAAACUCCACGGAAAUGAAAUUCAGGUUUUUUCCAAAGAAAAUACGUACUGCUUAAAUUAGCUUAUAAAAGAAAAAACCA